AAAAUUCCACAUUGGAGUCAUGAAAUAAAUCUGUCAUAUUAAUCUGACAGAUUUAUCUCAUCAUUAAUACAGUAUCUGAUCAAGAAUCUGUUUCCAAAUGGGAUCGUGCACAUUUCUUUAAACAGGUGUUAUUUAUGCCAAUGAAAACAUCCUGCGUCCUCCACUAGACCAUGCAGCUCGACUGAUCCGCUUCUAUUAACGUCCUCUGCGGUGGUUGUUUGUCAUGAUUACAGGCUACAACUCUGCUGCACACACGUUGUUCCACGCAGCAGAGCCUCCGUCUGACUGACACGCUGGACUACCCGCCUCCACCGCGCCACCGCCGUCCAAUGAGGCUGCGGAGCGGGGACGAGCCUUCAGCAGCAGCCUCUUAUUUCUCACUACAGUAGGACCCCGGAGCACACCGCCAGUCAUGUGACGGUCAUGGUAUGGUACAACUCGGCGAGCGCUCAGUCCAGUCGUAAGCUGCUGCUGUUGCCUGGUGUAUCUCAAGGGCAAAGCCCUGCUCUCGUAACAGACUGUCCCGUCGGACGCAGCGGAUAUAAACAAACCCUUCCUGCUCCUUUUGCAUUGGACAUGUAUUUGCUCUGAGUGGACGAGACAUUGUGUAUCCUGACUGGAGACCUUGGAUUGUUUCGCUGACGCUUACUUUUUCCAGUCUGAGAGAGAACGGCAGGUGUUUCACUAUCUUACACGGGUGGGAAACGUGGCCUUGGUGACCUGGGUUUGUUUGGCCUGACUUUCCAAGCUGCACAAGGAAUUGUUCUCUUAUAAAUCAUUCUAAACACAGACUGUGAGUCCAACAAGAGACAGAGGUUUGGCAGUAGCAAGGGAUGGUAGAUAACUUCCCAGCGACAAAGGAUACUUUUCUUCCUUACAGUGGCUCUCCACUGGCCCACUGGCUGUCUAACAUGGUGACAGACCUGGGGUCCUACCAGGUGAUGCCAUCCCCACUUUCGGAAGACGAACUGAGCGAGUCGUCCAGCCCUCGUUCCUGCUCUAGCCCGGACUCACAGGUGCUCAGCUCAAGCUAUGGCAGCAAUUCCAGUGCUGAGAGCCAGGAUAGCAUCCUGGACCACAUGCUGUCCCAGGCCUCUUUGGGAGGUUCUAACAGUGUCCUUGCUGGGUCUGUGGCACCUAUACCUUUAUCCACUUUCCUCUGGGACUCACGGAGAGAUGAGCCCUACAAACGUGAGCCAGUAAAGGAGGAACAUUUUGAUUUCCUCAACUGGUCCAAUGUGGAGACAGAGAAACAACUUGGAGUGUCCUUUCAGCCCACUCUGGAAGAGAUUGAAGAAUUCCUGGAGGAGAAUAUGGAGGUAGUGACAAUGAAGCAGGAGAUCCGAGUGGGUUGCCCAGAGUUGGGAGUGGGACUGGAGGAAUCUCUUGGUCUAGAAGUUGGCCUCCAGUGGUGCAAGGAGGCAUCCUCUGAUCAUAAGCUAGAGCCAGAGGCAAAGUAUUCAGACCAAACUGUUCCCAGCACCACUGACCUGGCCUCUGCUGCUUCCAGUGAGACCAAAGCUACAUUAGUUAACCCCACACAUGAGUCCAGAUCAGGGGCCAAAAACACAUCAGUCAACAAACCUUUAUCAACAGACAGUGGUAAUAGCAGUAGUGGAAUGCCUGUCAUCCUGCAGAUUCAGCCCCUUCAGAUCAAGCAGGAGCCCACAGUAGUACCAGUAGCUCAGCCCCCACAGCUUCCCACAGCAACAGACAUCAAAAUUGCACAGCUGCUAGUCAACAUCCAAGGUCAGACCUUUGCGCUGGUGCCCCAUAUUGUGCCCUCCUCUAACUUUAACAUCUCGUCCAAGUUUGUACGCAUUGCACCUGUCCCAAUUGCAGCCAAGCCUCUUGGGCUUGGGGAUAGCUCAGGCAGCCUGGGAUCAGGAAUUCUUACUGGAGGUCAAAAGUUCCAGAAGAAUCCAGUGGCGGAUCUUAUCAAAAUGCACAAAUGUACUUUUCCUGGCUGCACCAAGAUGUACACCAAGAGCAGUCACCUCAAGGCCCACCUGAGGAGACACACAGGGGAAAAGCCAUUCGCCUGCAACUGGCAGGGCUGUGGAUGGAGGUUUUCACGGUCAGAUGAGCUGUCGCGACACCGGCGGUCCCACUCGGGGGUCAAACCCUACCAGUGUUCUGUAUGCGAGAAGAAGUUUGCCCGCAGCGACCACCUCUCAAAACACAUCAAAGUCCACCGUUUCCCACGAAGCAACCGGACUGUUCGCGCAGCAAACUGACACCCUGCUCAUAUUAUUGGGUUCAUUGGAAAACGCUGGGAUCACUCUUAUACAGUCACUCUCGUGAAUGUGAACGUACGGGUCUGUGCACACACUUUUUGGCCUUCAUCAAGUCAAAAAUGAAUACAUGAGUGGAACAGUUUGCUUUUUAUUUCAGCAGUCUGUGAUUGUUCUAAGUUAUUGUAAAAAAAAGCAAGCCAACACAGUUGACCAUCCUGUCUGUGAUUAGCUGACGGUUGUUAUUGCUGUUGGCGCUUUGGUAUGUUUGUUCUGUCCUUAUCUCCUGCCUCAGCAGAAGAUAAAUUUAUUUUUAAUUCAGUCGGGAUUAUGUGGUUGAUUGGGUGAUAGCCUUGUCUGUCCAUUCUACCUGGAUUAAAACAGCUGCCUUUUAUCUUCCUGAAAGCUGCCACUGUCUUGCACAUUCCUCAUCUUAUGCAAUGUUAAGGAAGUUUGACUGAAGUUCACUGGGAUCCCCAUUAGCUACUAUCAGAGUUAUAACGAGUCUCCCUGGGCUCCACAGGCCUGUGAGGGGUCUAUGUCCUACUUUUUUUAUUUUAAGUUCAUUGACAGAAAAGGUGGAUCGUGUAUUUGUCAUUCAACGUGGUGUUGAUUUACAGGGAGAGAACUAUAGUACUAUAAAAACUUAAACUACUGAUUAGCUAAGAAAGUAAAGGGAAAUUUUUAAACAAGCUUCCAGGACUCCGCUCACGUUUUUACAGCAGCUCUGUAAAGCUGCUGAGACGCAAGAAGGAGAAUGACAGCGCAACACAAUAAAUGCAAAAAAAAGUGAAACACAACUAAAAGGCUAAGCGCACUUUUGAUCAGUGUUAAGUGUUUAUUGUUGUUGUUUUUAUUAAGCUAUAAACUGUACCUACAUGCUGGUAUUUGUUUGCUUUUCUGGCCUUAACUGUACCACAAAGCUAAAAGGUUUUUGGAAAUCAGGCUUUUCAGUGAUGCACAUUUCAGGUGACUGUUCAAAUGGUGUCAUGACAUGGCCCGUGUCUCUAUGUGCACAGCCGCAGAACUGAAUGUCUCAGUCUGCAAUUAGUUUUAUUUGAACUACUAGUUUUCUGACAACUUGACACAAAAGCUGCCUCAGCUCUGCUUUAUCUGUUACUGUAGACACCUUGGACAGCCUUCCACCUCAGCUGGCAGUUAUGUUAUGCUGGGAUGGCAUCAGUGGACACACAACAUACCACGGUGCUGAACUACAGGGAGAACCUGCUUAAUGGGAUAUGUAGUCACAACAACCUUCGUGAGGCCAAGACAAACACCCUAAUUGCCCUCAAACAUUAUUUGAUACGUGUAGUAGCCCUGUUGUGAAUAUGUAGGGGAGUGGCGGUGCCGUCCAUGCUUCGUUCAUAUAUGUAAAUGGACAACAAGCGGGGUACACAACAUUGAGCAUCAUUCCUUUCAUUAAAUUUUUGAAUUGUCAAUGCUUGUGUGAACACAGGUGUUUAAUCACAUCCUAUGAAUGUAUGUAAAUAUGCAGGAGUGUACAUCACUGCAUCCGGGAAUAGACACAGAUGAUUCUGAUACCAUAUCCUAAAACAAAUGAGUGGUUGUGCAGAUUUGUAGUUUAAACCUAAAUGUGUACAUAACUUAACAUUUCAGUACAUAUGAAUAUAUUAUAUAUAUUUUUUAUUUUUCUUUGUUCUAUCCAAGAUGCAUUUACAAAUAAAAGUGAAAAGAAGCAAA